AUGAAUUAUAAAUAUUUUAUACUAAUCUUAGGAUGCCUGCUAAUACCGAUUUACGGUAGCAAAUGUAAAAAAGUAAUAAAUUCUGAUGCUAUUUACAUAUUUGAUGAUUUGCAAACUAAGGAAUAUAAACAAAUUCUAAACUAAACAAGCACAUUGUACUUUCGAUUUUGCCAACCAAUCUUAAAAUGUCCAGAAUUAGCAGUGAAUACAUUUGCUGUAAUUAUUAACAAUGAAGGGAAACCGGAAUAAUAAUGCAUUUCCUUGGUUAAUACAGAUUCAUACUUUGCAGAUUCCUUUGAACUCAUCAAUGAAGAAGAACCAAAUGAGGGUGUCCAUGCUGAAUUCAACAACACUUUAAAUGGUUUUGCUGUGAAGUAUGUACUCUAUUGUUCAGAGUAGUAAGAAGACCUGGAGAUUUUGGACAUCUCGUAUGAGAAAGAAAAACAAUUAUACUAAAUUGAAAUGGAAGCAGACAAUGGUUGCCAUCUGGUUUUAUUUUCUAAAAUAGUGGAGUUUUUACAAGACAAUAAGAAAUUUCUGUCAGCUAUUUUGAUAGUAAUUGGGUUAACCGAAUGCUUAAUGGGUAAGAAAAUAUUAAAGCCAACUCUCUUUAUAUUUGGAUAUUUAAUUGGCUUUUUCUUUGCCCUGUAUAUAUCAAGCGAACUAGACAUAGGAGAUAAUCCAUUUUAUUUAUGGAUAGCUAUGAUAAUUGCUGUACUACUGGGAGCAUUUGUGGGAGGGUUGUCAAUGCAUUUAGACAAGGCUGGAAUAGUUGCAGUAGGUAUAGGAUUAGGAGUAGUCUUGUCAUUAUUACUGUGGAAUGCAUUAUUGGUUAAGUUUGUUACUUCAGAAUACAUACUAUAUUCGAUCAUAGUAGUUUUAAGCUUUGGAUUUAGUGUGUUAUCAUUUAGAUUGUUCGAUCAUUUAAUCAUUUUUAGCACUAGUUUUUUAGGAUCAUAUCUAGUGUUUAAGGCAAUCGGGUUGAUAGCUGGAGGGUUUCCUUCAGAGAUUAAGAGCAUCUCUGGAAAUUCAGAUUAUAGAUAUUACAUUUAUUUUACUUGCAUUAUAUUAUUAGCUUGUUUUGGCAUUUACUAUUAAUAUAGAUAAUGGGGAUAGAAGAUUAUCACAUAUGAUGAAAUUGUUUCUUCAAUGAUGAAUGGCAAUCAAUAAACAGAUCGUUAAGAUCCGCUUCUAAAUGAACAUGGUAAUAAUAGUGAAGAUUAGAUUGAAUUGAAGGAGAUCAAUUAGAAAUCAGAGAUUAAGGGUUUUUCAUGA